CAAAGAUAUGAUUCGAUGGGUUGGCUGUGAUUAUGAAGAAGUUUGAUGAUUUGUAUAAUUCACAACAUAGUUUCCAAUUAAUUCAAAUUUAUUUCUUAAGCCCCCAUCUAAAUUUGAUUCGGUGUCCUUCAAGGUCCAAUUCCGAUUUGCAACUAUCCGUUUUACUAAACUUUGCUUAAAACGGAUAUGCCUGUGGUGUAAAUCGAUUCUCACAAACGUAUUUCCUCUUUGUUGGCCGGUGACAUGCAGUUUGAUAUCUUUAAACCUUACAUGCCGGUGGUGUCUGUGGGUUCUUCUAAAUAAUAUUUUCCUUUUCUGCAUGGCAGUGUACAGUCUGUUUGAUUUCAACCGGACAUGACUGCGGUGAUUGUAGGUCCUUCUUGAGACUAUUUUUCUUUUUUCUUGCAUGUUGGUAGAAAGCUUGAUGUAAGAUUUUAGCCUAAUAUGACGGCGGUGUAGAUGAACUCUAUCAGAUGGUUUUCUUCUUUGACGUAUUGUAAUCCUUCUUGUCUGUUGUUUUGAUUUAUAAGUUUUCAGUUUUUGUUCUGAUUUUGAUUUGCUGCGGGUUUCCGUUUUACUUCUAUUGUUUAGUGGGCGAUCUUCAUGAGUAUUGGUUUCACAUGUUACAGGUGCUGUUCUCGGUGGAUGGACGGUGAUGUGGGCGGUCGGCGGUCCGGACUGCUCUUCUACUCGGCGGGCAACGUCCUUGAACUCCUGGUGUCCGGCGCGCGGUGGUACGGGCUGUCCCUCUACCUGAUGGAUGUCAUCCUCAGCUUGGCGGGUGAUGUCGUCCGGUUCCUCUUGGCAUUCUGUGGGUGGUGGUGCGGGCUGUCCCUCCAUGCCACGGAUGAUGUCUUCGGCUUGGCUGGUGAUGUCGUCCAGCUCCUCUCGGCGUUCUGCAGGGUGCGGGGCGACUUCAGUUUUGACAUUCUCGGAUGAUGUCCCAAUCCAGCGUGACAACGAGCGUAGGGUCUUCCUUUGAUCGUCUGCUUGCUUCAUAUGCAUCGUUGAAUGCUUUCAGUCUGAUGCUUAUCUCUUGCAAGGAAAGGGUGGGUGUGCGGUCCUCAGCCGGCGGCAAUGGUUCUGUGACGUUAGAUGUGGGAGUCUGAACCUCUGGAACAGUGGUACAUGG